ACGUGGUGCAGAAGUAGCCGCGCGUGGCCACCACAACGGCGUGCUAGACUUGUCGGUAUGAUAAAUAAGUGAAACGCCCUGUACAAGUUCUUAAUAUCAUCCAAAAUGGCCGCAUCCAUAUAUGCCACCCCACCGCCGGAUCUGAGCAGCGAGGAUACAGCGCUCUCCGAUGUCUCCAACUCAUCCACACUCAACACAAAUCGCGGCGGCGGCAGCAGCAACAACAGCAGCACCAACACCAACAACAACAACAACAGUCACACACAUGAAGCCACAGCAGCAACAGUAGCAGCAGCAGCAGCAGCAGCAACCACUGCAGCAAACACAGCAAUGUCACCCACUCUGGAAGCGGAGUCUAAGCCACUUGGAAGCAACACAAAUGAGACAGACAUGGCAGCAGUCGAGGAUGAGGUCGAGGGCGAAGCCGAGGCCGACGGCGAAGGCGAGGGAGAGGGCGAGGGCGAGGCAGCUGGCGGUCUGGAUCAGACGGCGAUGGCUGCAAUGGCUGCAGCAGCAGCUAACGCAGCAGCCAUGCAGCUGCAGCUGCUCGAGGCGCUCAGCGACGCGGCCAAGAAGCGGCGCAAGCAACACAAUCCCAGUCGUCUGGAGGCGCUCAAUCUGAGUGGCGGCGAGCAGGAGGAGGGAGCCGCAACGGGUACUGCGACAGCGGGUCCGGUGGACCCAGCGACAAUCGACUACGAGGAGAAGCUGUCGAAGAUGUUGCUGCCCAAGUCCAUAGAGAAGCUAAAGGAGACAUUCGAGCUGUUGCAGCAGCAAAAGCUGCAGCCCGAAGACAUAUCAGAAGCGGAGGAGAAACAGCAACAGCAACAGCAACGACAUCGGCAACAGCAACAAGAAGAAGAGCAGCAGCAGCAGCUAAUUAAUCCCUAUCAGACCUACUGCAAGCAGUGCGGCGAGAACUUCGAGACAGAGUUCAAGCUCAGUCUGCACAUGUUGCAGGAUCAUCAGCAGCCACAGCAGCAACAUCAACAGCAACAACAGCAGCAGCAGCGACAGUUGUCGUCUGACGAGCCCAUGGACUUGCUGGCCUCCAUCAAAGUGAAGCUGGAGCGCGCUGAGAGUCCCUCGCAGCUGGAGCUGCAGCAGCAACAGCAGCAGCUGGAGCUGGCCAACGGGCAUGCCGGCAACAACAAGGAGCAUGAACUUUGGCUACAGGCCAUGGCUCAGCAGCAGCAGCAGCAGCAGCAGCAACACCAACAGCAGCAGCAGCAUCAGCAGCUGCCCGGCAUGCCGCCCGCUUUUGCAUUUCCGCCAGAGGCUGCACUUGGCUGGCCACUUCUGGGCAUGCCUGGCUUUGCCGGCGUCGAUGGACUCAAUCGUCCGCCGUUGCGCAUCUUCAAUCCGGAGGCCUACUGUGAGCUCUGCAACAAGGAGUUCUGCAACAAAUACUUUCUGAAGACGCACAAGGCCAACAAGCAUGGCAUCUUUGAUCCCGCCGGUGACUUGACCACGCCCAACAACAAUAUCAGCACCAUCAGCAACAACAACAACAACAACAGCAGCAGCAGCAACAACAACCACAGCAACAGCAAACCUGAACCACAGCUGACACCACCCGCACCACCGGCAGUGCACUGCGACAUCUGCUCCAAGCGCUUCACCAACGUCUUUGCCAUGCGUCGCCAUCGCGCCAAGCAGCAUGAGCAGGCCACGCCCACUGCCUCGCCGACGCCCAACGAGCAGACGCCGGCCACUGCACAGACGGCGGUCAAGCAGGAGCCCACGCCGGAAGCUUUAGCCGUGCCGGAGCAGAAGCCGUAUCAGUUGCCCGAAGGAUUUCGCGAGGACUUCACGCUCGAGCAGGAGGAGGUGGCCUUUGCGCCGCCGCCUCGCAAGCUGCCCAGUCAGCUGCAGCAGCAGGCGCGCGACUCCAACUGGGCGCCAGAGAAGCUGCGACGUCUCGGCGUUCAGCUGCCGGAGGCAUUCUGUGAGCUGUGCUGCAAGGAGUACGCCAAUCGCUACUUCUUGCGCACGCAUAAAUGGAAGCGCCACGGCCAACAACAACAGCAGCAACAGUUGCCACUUAAGCUAUCGCCAGUGGGCGGCGCUGGGGGCUCCCCCAACGCAGUGACGCCCACCCCGAACGAGCUGCGCUGCCAGACGUGCGAGCGCGACUUUGCCAACUCACAGGAAUUCAAGCAACAUAUCGCCGAGGUGCAUCUGGGUCGUCUGCCCGGCAGCAGUCCGCUUCGCGAGGGCUUCUACACGCCGGAACGUGCAACGGUUGCCGCUGCGGGUGGCGCCGCUGGAGGCGUGGCACCCGGCACACCACGUGCCGCCUACACCAUCACGCCCACGUCCAGCUACUGCGAGAUCUGCAACAAGGAGCUGUGCAACAAGUACUUCAUGAAGACCCACAUGCAGCGCAUGCACGGCAUCGAGAUCGAGAACGGGGCACAGAUCGGCGGCGUCGUCUGCAACAUAUGCAACAAGGAGCUCUGCAGCAAAUACUUUCUGCGCGUGCACAAGCACAAUACGC